AUGCAUAGGCAUAACCAAGCACUGAAAAACUUAUUUGUCAGUGAAGAUUGGUACCGCAACAAAUUAUCUACAUCUAUGGAAGGGAAAGCUGCAGAGAACAUUGUGUUGUCUGUACCCUUUUGGAAUCAUGUAGAAGAUUGUUUGAAAGCUUCACAACCCAUUCUAAUUGCUUUGAGGAUAGCAGAUGGUGAUGAGACACCUGCAGUUCCUGAGAUCAUAUCAACCAUGAAUACAGUAAGGACGAGCAUAAAGGAAUCUUUGAAAAAAAAGCCACAACUGUUGAAUGAAGUUCUAGGGUACUUUGAGAAGAGAUGGGAGAAUCAAAUGGAGCAAAAACUAUAUGGGGCAGCAUUGUUUUUGAAUCCAACCAAGUUUUUUCCUAUAAGAGAGAACGAUAAAAGGGAAGCAACUAGACUUAGGUCAUUGUUCAAUGAUGUUCUAUGGAAAAUGGUGCCGGACGAUGAUGAGCAAAGCAUAAUUAGCAAACAGGCUGAUGAUUACGAGAGGUCUGAAGGUGAAGCCUUCUCAAAGGCAAUAGCAAUAAAGGAUACGAACCGAAAAAAUCCUAUUCUUUGGUGGGGUGCAUAUGGUGGGCUUGCAUAUGAGCUUCAAACAUUAGCAAAAAGGAUUGUUAGCCUUUGUUGCUCGGCAUCAGGAUGUGAGCGCAGCUGGAGCACAUUUUCUCAGAUACACACCAAAAGGAGGAAUCGAUUAGAGCACAAGAGGUUGAAUAAAUUGGUUUAUGUUAGCUACAACAGAAAAAUGGCAAAUAGGUUUACAAAGAUACGUGAGCUCGGUUCGAAGGGAAAGAGAAGCAACCCAUUGCACCUUGAAGAAUUUCAGUGGGAAAAUGAGUGGGUUGUGGCUGAUAAUGAUUCAGUUCAUCAAGGAGCUGCACAUGAUGAGGCAAUUGGUGCAUCUCAAGGUUUAAGUGGCCACAAUUUGCCAAUGGUUACUGCUGCACAUGCCAGAAACUUAUGGACUACUAGUGAGUUUCCAACAAGGAAAAGAACCUCAAGAAAGCGUCCUAGGGUACCUGAACCAACUAUUAAUGAAGAGGAGAUCCUUGAAGAUGGUGAAGAAUCUGAAUCUGAGGAAAUGCAAAAGAAUGGGGAAGAUGGUUCUGGGCCUUCUAGCUCAUUUGGGACUGAAAAUGCAUUUCAAGUGGAUGAAGAUUUGCUUUAG